GGGCAGCCCCGCGCCUGAGGGGGCACAGCGGCCGCAGCGGCGCGGGCGGGAUGGCGCGGAGCGGCGCGGCGCUCGGCAGGGCGAUGGCCACGGCGGCCGCCGCCAGGCACUUGGCUUCUUGUGGUAUUCUGAUGACCAGAACUUCUCCUGUGAUGAGCCACACUUUUUCAAGAAACUUCUUCAAUGUUGCUGCACCACUAAUAAAUAAAAGAAAAGAAUAUUCUGAAAGAAGAAUUAUAGGGUAUUCCAUGCAGGAAAUGUAUGAAGUUGUUGCUGUUGUGGAGAAUUACAAACUCUUUGUUCCUUGGUGUAAAAAGUCCGACAUUCUCUCGAGGCGCUCUGGGUACUGCAAAGCAGAGCUAGAAAUAGGAUUCCCUCCUGUAGUAGAGAGAUACACAUCCAUUGUAACCCUAGUGAGACCACAUUUAGUUAAGGCAUCAUGCACAGAUGGGAAACUCUUUAAUCACUUGGAAACAGUGUGGCGUUUGAGCCCUGGUAUCCCUGGGUAUCCAAGGACAUGUACAUUGGAUUUUUCAAUUUCUUUUGAAUUUCGUUCACUUCUACACUCAAAACUUGCUACACUAUUUUUUGAUGAAGUUGUAAAGCAGAUGGUUGCUGCCUUUGAAAGAAGAGCAUCCAAGCUCCAUGGCCCAGAAACCAGCAUUCCUCGGGAGCUGAUGCUGCAUGAAGUUCAUCAGACGUAGAGGGAAACUGUAACAACGCCAGCUAUAAACUUGUCCGUACACUUCACUUGUACAAAGUGCCCUGCUCCUCCUUUGGGGCAUUCAUUUCUUAUCUGAGCUUAGGUGUGAUCUUACCCUGUGCCAAGCACACCUGCUCAGACAGACAUAGAAUGUUCAAAAGCUGCAAUCAAGUGCAGCCUAAAGCCUUAUCAGCUCCCGUAACCCCGGCUAUCUGGGCUGCCGUUAACGCCAAACAGCUCCUGGAAUCACAGCCCCAGCUCUGCCCUAGCCAAGCUCCUGGCGAGUUUCAGCACUGUAACUUAUUAACUCAGCUUGCUGGGAAUGUAACUUCAGAGCAUCAGCUCGGCCAGCUCUGCCCAGGCAGAGGCCAACUGACACACUGGCUUCCCAGAGAAUGGCACAGCUUGGCAGCCAUUGAGGAGCGGUACUUUGAAUUCAAAUGAGUGGCAGAGAUAAGUCAGGGAUUUCCCAUUGCCCCUAGAGUGACCAGCAACUGCUUUCCAACUGCCCUUGUUUUCAGGGAUGAAAUGCAUAAGGAGCACGGUAACCCGAGUGCAGCAGUCUCAGCUACAGCCAGUGCUGCCCAGUGCACCUGUCUGCUGGAAUCUGUAGUACCUUUGGCAGGCUGAAGUUGCUCCUUGCCACUCCUUCCCUGGUACACGCUGCACUUGGGUUACCUCCAUCUCACCUAAUGCAAACAGAACACUUUAAAGCAAGGUUUACCUCUGAGAACCAGGUACCCGUGCUGUCCUCCCUGGAAGCAGGUAACAGGAGGCCCUGUGCUUCCUUGCAGACAAGGACAGCCCAGGCCAGCUGUCAUCAUACAUCAUGUAAGAGCACUAAACCUCCAUUCUUUGAGGUUUUUCAGUACCAUACUCCCACUGUGAUAUCAUCCUGAUUACAUACAGGUUCAGUACUUCUACUCCUGAAUGUUCUCUUCCCAGUCUCUAAAAGAACCAAGUGAAUAGGUUUGAACAGAUUCUAAAUCCUUACUUUAUGCUGCCUUGCAUUACCAAAUUUCCUUAUUGAUAUUAGGUGAAGCUUCAGGCCAGGUGCUGAAGCUGGUAGUUUUUCUGCAGCAUAUGUAAUCCACAUGGUUAGUGAAGAACAACAUAUUAAAUAACAUAGAAAGUUAUGUUUCAAAAUAAAGACACCCCUGAAAGAGUUUCAGAUAAUUUUACUUAAAAUUAGAACAUCACACAUCCCAGCUGUGGAAGGAUAGUUCUUAUUAAGGGCAGGAAGCUGAGGAAAGCAACAGGUGGAUGAAGGUCAUUUGUACAGAACUGAGAAGUCGUAAAGCAGUUUUGAUUGAGGUAAUCAGGUAUAAACAUACACCAGUUUGGGAACACCAUUGCUCUGCAGGCUGGAAAGCAGAAAAGACUGCACAAUGGUAGUGGUGGUGCCAGGGCAAAGAACACAAAGAGGCAAAGCAACAUUUCUAGUGCAAAAUCACUAAAUCCUGCACCCCUUACUGGAAAGGAGGAAGGUAAGAAUGGAAGGCUCAAGGUGAGGAGGUAAUCACAUAUUACACCUGAGCAAAGGAAGGAUCUAAAAACCCCAGAACCCUUUCUUAGCAAAGACUCACCUGUGUGAUACCUCAGGGCACUUCUCUGCCCCUGGGAGUGUGAAAGGUGCACUGGGCCUGUUCCAGCACGUGAAACAACCAGAUAGACAGGGCAAAAUAAAGUCAGUGCACGUGCCUUGUUUUCAGAGCAUUGUUUAAUAUUUCAAAGAACUGUAGUGCAGUUCAGCUUAGAUAUUUCUUACCAAAAUUAAAGCACUUGCAUUUCUGAGAAACAUUCUAGACAAAGGAAUGUUUCUCGGAGUGAAAUGCCCUGUCAUUUUUUCAAGCAUAAGUGUCAAUUUCUACUACAUCUUAGAAGCAACAGCAGGCUGUCCAGGCUCUCCCAUAACUAUGGCUUGGUGUGCAGAUGAAGGAGGUGAUACAUUUUGUAACUUUUGAGCAGUUUAUUACAUAAAGGUCACAUAACUCUAUUUGCCUACUUUGUACACAAUUGUCUAGUCUCACGCACAGUGGCUUCCAAGUUCUUUCUAGUACUGGCAAGCACCAAGAAAUUCUGAAAUAGAAUAUCAAGUGCCUUAAUUAAGUUCAAAUCAGGACCUUGGUAGAUGGAUCUUGCAACCCAGUUAUCAGGAAUGUACAAAUGUCUUUAUUCAAAAAAUACAAAAUAAAUUAUCUGUAGGCAUGGACAAUGACUGUAAACAAUUACACGUGUGUUAAAUGAAAUCCAGUAACUGAUGGUUACAGUGAUUCUUUUCAACACCAGCCUCACUUCAGUCACUAUCCAUCCUCUCACACUGAUAGCUCAAGUUUUUGAAGUCAGAACUGUCAGUCUUCAACAGCACAGCUCAUGAUGCAUCCCUACGCCAGGAAUUAGAACAUGCCACCUCCCAUUCCUCCACCCAUCCCACCCAUUCCUCCCAUUGCCGGCUCCUUUUCUUCUUUAGGAACUUCAGUCACCACUGCCUCUGCUGUUGAUAGGAGAGAUGCAACACCCGCGGCAUCCAUCAGAGCAGUUCUCACAACCUAAAAAUAAGCAAGAAACUACUUAAAACCUGCUGACCAUCACAGGAAGUGGCAGGAAGCAAAGCUGACAAUUAAGAGCUUUAGGUUACCUUAGUUGGGUCUAUGAUUCCUUUUUCUACCAUAUUUACAAAGUCCCCAAGCAUUGCAUCGUAGCCAACUUCUGAUGGGCUCUGCAGGAUUUUUUCAACUAUCAAUGAUCCUUCAACACCGGCAUUCUUUGCGAUAGUCAUUGCUGGGAUUCUCAGUGUUCUCUUGAUUAUUUCAAUGCCUGCAAGAAACAGGAUAGCUGGAGCUCCAUGUACAAACACCACUCCCACUGCCAAGGAAUGCCCUAGUGCUGGAGAUCAAUACAAAGGAAACUCUCCGAGCAAGAACAUAAGCUAUUUUUGUCAGUUCCAGGAGGAGAGGUUCUCUGCAGGAUAUUCAUGCACAUUUCAGUUUUACUUCUACAAAAAAUAGUAACAAGUAUUACUACUCUCUAUGUGCAACAUGACACAAAGCCUUUUUCCAUUUGAUUUGCCUCACAGUCUCUUGAGCAUUAGAUUUUGUCUGUCUGCAAAGACUUUUAACUGCCAGCUCCCAACUCUAAACAACUGCCACUGUGCUGGGAUACUGCUACUGGGUCUUACACAGUCCAGUCAGCCAUGCAGUGAAAAAGCUCCUUCCCACUCAGAGACCUGCACAUCAAAGAAAUGUGAUAUUCCUAAGAUCAAGUAACUAAAAACUCACUAAAAGCCACCCGAUAAAGCCUCAGGACAGGGGAAAGCGUGCUUGUAUCACUUCCACACCCAUCUCCAGUCACGUGCUUACCAAUUUUCUGAUCCUCGUUGGCUGGAGUUAAGGCAUCUAAGGCUGGGAUGCAGCGCAGCAGGGCACAGCCACCCCCUGGCACGAUGCCCUCCUCCACAGCCGCACGGGUGGCGUUCAGGGCGUCGGUGACCCUGUCCUUCUUCUCGUUCACCUCAACAUCGCUGGUUCCGCCCACCU